UGAACAUACUCUAUCAGGAGGAGGUUUUCCCAUGGCAACUCGGAUCCAGCAGCUCGCUCAGCCCAAACCCAACCCACUCAGACAUCCGGACCGUCGUUCGGUUUACUGGCUGGAUAAACUGCCACCAGAAAAAAAUGGAUUCACCACCAAAAUUGAGCUAACGCCUCGUUGGUUGGAGCUGAGCAGAAAUAAAAAAUUCUACACUCAACUCUCAUUUCCCUUCUCUUUUCUUUUCUCCCUCAUGUUUUGCCUGUGUUUUUACCCCAGUCUAUCUCCCAUAUGGGAGGUGAGUGAACGGGCUCUCCGAGCUGUUCCAUCUGAGCGGCUGUGUCGUCUGGCUCGACCCCGGGCCCCUGUAGCCGCCUGGCAGCCGGACCGCCCACUUCUGGCCCCAUUGAACAGAGGGACGCAGACAGCAGUCGCCUCUUCACGGAUUUGUCAGCUUGCCCAGCCGAAGAAAAGGCCAGUCCAGAGGGGUCCUGGCCACAGACCUAAACCUGUACCCGUGAGCCACAUGCCCUGUAAAGCAUCAGCACACAUAGAAUUACUUGCCACCCCAAAACAUGAACACCCCAAGUAUGAAGGUGAGCGUACAGUGUCCUGGCCCGUGUCCAGAUCAGCCAGAAGCGCCGUAGCCAGCCAGAGAGUCCUGGAGCUGUCCAGUCCCAAAGAGAGGAAGGCUCUGUACGAAGGGUACGACCCGUACACGGUGAGCCGGGCGGCACGCUCUGCCGGCCCAUCGUCACGGAUACGGCAGCUCAGUCUGCCACUGCCCCGCAAAUGCAGCUCAGAAUAGGAGGGAUGACGCCAAUACCUGGUCCCUGGAGAAGUGUGAUUGUUCUCCUUUUCCUCAUUCUAGACUGGCAUUGUAUUAACUCCUUCUGUGGAACAUGGGCUGUAUUAGUGGUGGAAUGUUUUCAGUGUUUUCUUCACUGGAUACUUUUCUCAGUACUGAUU